AUGGCUAUGCGCAAAGGCUUCGCACUCGCGUUCCUUGUGAGCUUCUUGUCAUGCCACCUGAUCCCGGUACCUUCCCAGGCUUCCUCUGAUGGCUUCCUCCAAUGCCUAAGGGAGAAGCUACCUAGCGAGCUCGUCUUCGAGCAGGGCUCCAGCAGCUUCACCACCGUGCUGGUCUCAUCCAUCAGGAACCCCAAGUUCUUCACCAACACUACGGUGAGGCCGCUCUGCAUCGUGACGCCCACCGACGCCACCCACGUCCAGGCCGCCGUGCGCUGCGGCCGCUGGCACGGCGUGCGCCUCCGCGUGCGCAGCGGCGGCCACGACUACGAGGGCCUCUCGUACCGUUCGGCGCGGUCCGAGGUGUUCGGGGUGGUCGACCUCGCCAAACUCCGCACCGUGAGCGUCGACAGGUUCGAGUCCACGGCCUGGGUCGACUCCGGCGCCACCGUCGGGGAGCUCUACUACACCAUCGCCAAGAACAACCCGCGGCUCGGGUUCCCGUCCGGUGUGUGCUCGACCAUUGGUGUGGGCGGCCACUUCAGCGGCGGCGCCAUCGGCAUGAUGAUGCGCAAGCACGGCCUCUCCAUCGACAAGGUCAUCGACGCCAAGCUGGUCAACGCCAACGGUGAUCUCCUCGACAAGGCCAGCAUGGGGGAGGACCUCUUCUGGGCCAUCCGUGGUGGCGGCGGGGAGAGCUUCGGCAUCGUGCUCUCCUGGAAGGUCCAGCUUGUUCAUGUCCCAUCGAUAGUCACGGUGUUCAACAUUGGAAAGCCGCUUGACCAGGGUACCGUAGAACUCCUCACCAAAUGGCAAGAAGUCGGGCCAUCACUCCCCGACGACCUUACCAUAAGGGUGAUCCUGCAGAGGGACCAAGCCCUGUUCCAGGCUCUAUACCUCGGCACGUGCAGGUUGCUCGCGGUGACGAUGCGCAGUAAGUUCCCCGAGCUCAACAUGACGACCGCUGACUGCCACUCCAUGACCUGGCUCCAGUCCGCGGCCUUCAUCAACUCCGGCAACACCGACGUGGAGGCGCUCCUCAGCCGGAACACGAGCCUGAGCACCUUCACCAAGAACAAGUCCGACUACGUCCGGACCGCCAUCUCCAAGCUCGACUGGAGCAACAUCAUUUCCUGGUUCCAGAUGAACGCAGCCGGGAUGAUCAUCCUCGAGCCCCACGGAGGGUUCAUGGGGACCGUACCAGCCGCCGCCACGCCGUACCCGCACCGCAACGGCGUGCUCUUCAACAUCCAGUACAUCGUGUUCUGGCAGGGCGACGGCACGGCGACCACUACCUGGCUCGCCAACUUCUACGAGUUGAUGGGGAAGCACGUGAGCAACAACACGAGGGAGGCGUACGUGAACUACCGGGACCUGGACAUCGGGCAGAACGUGGUGGUGGGCGACGUCAGCACGUUCGACGGCGGCAAGGUUUGGGGCGAGAAGUACUUCAUGAGCAACUUCGAGAGGCUCGCGUCGGUGAAGGCGGCCGUCGACCCCACCGACUACUUCAGAAACGAGCAGAGCAUCCCGCCUCUGCUCCAAGGUCAAAAGUGA